AUGAGAGAAGGCCUCGACCUCCCGGAAUUCGGGUACCUCCCAUUCGACCAUUUCGUCGUAGCAAACUGGGACACGACAUCCCCGCUCUCCAAAAACGAGCAAAAAAGAAUCCUUGUUGAGAAAUGGAUCGCGCUAGGAAAAUAUGGGCGAAACGACUGGGCCCUCGCUAUAUUCGAUAACCUAAUCAUCGAUCAUAUUCUAGAGGGGGUACCGCAAGACCUCCUCUUAGAGGAAGACCGCGCAAUUAGUAGCCUGCUCUCGACAGUCCUAUGGAUCCGGACCUGGUUCGGCGAUCUUUCAGAUAAAACAAGCCAAGAAGCCGCAGACACGGCGUAUGCCCGACUCCGGAAGGAAGUCCUACAGCAGGGCCGCGAGAAUAACCACGUUUUCUGCAUCCCCGAGGAGUUCGUCUUCGAGGAUCGGGAGGAACUAACAGCAGAUGCCUAG